CCCAGGUUCCGGGUGUGAAUGGGGAGCAGGGCUGUUAAAUUUGGUAUUUUGGGUACAAUUCUCUCAUACUGGCCACUGGAUAUUCAACAUGGCACCUUAUGGCAAAGAACUGUCUGACGAUGUGAGAAAUAGAAUUGUUGAUCUCCACAAAGACGGCCUAGGCUAUAAGAAGAUUACUAACACCCUGAAACUGAGCUAUAGCACGGUGACCAAGGUCAUGCAAUGAUUUUUCAGGACAGGUUGCACUCGGAACAGGCCUCGCCAGGGUCGACCAAAGAAGUUGAGUCCACGUGUUUAGCAUCAUAUGCAGAGGUUGGCUUCAAAAAAUAGACGCAUUAGUGCUGCCCGCAUUGCUGCAUAGGUUGAAGUGGGAGGUCAGCCUAUCAGUGCUCAGACCACACGGCACACGUUGUAUCAACUCGGUCUUCAAGAAAGCCCGCACACAGUUUGCUGAAGACAAGCAGUCCAAGAACAUUACUGGAACCAUGUCCUGUGGUCUGACGAAACCAAGAUAAACUUGUUUGGCUCAGAUGGUGUCCAGCAUGUGUGGUGGCGCCCUGGUGAGAAGUACCAAGACAACGGUGUCUUGCCUACAGUCAAGCAAGGUGGUGGUAGCAUCAUGGUCUGGGCCUGCAUGAGUGCUGCCAGCACUGGUGAGCUGCGGUUCAUCAAGGGAAAAAUUCAUUCCAACAUGUACUCUAACAUUCUGAAGCAGAGCAUGAUCCCUUCCCUUCGGAAACUAUGCCCCAUGGCAGUUUUUCAACGCAACAACGAUACCAAACACACCUCCAAGAUGACAACUGCCUUGCUGAGGAAGCUGAAGAAUGGAAAGUCCAUCAAAACAGCCUGACCAUAAUCUUCACCUCCAUCCAUCUUCAAAAAGAACUCUAUUCAGUAGAGAGGGUCAGAUUACAUACAGAAUCCCUGCACUAAUCUACAUCAAAGACUGUCAGACCUACUUUGCCUUUGCUGAAAAGCGAAAGACAUAUGACGACAGUGAUGCGGACGUUUUGGUUCUGAGGAGGGGAAAACGGCAGGAUGGAAAAAUCGAGUGGUUGCCAGCUGAGGUGCUCACCGAGGCACGUUUAGAAGGAUAUCGCACUAUGAAUCCAUGUCCGGUCUACAAAUCCAAUAUGCUCUUUUUAUUCUUUAUCUGUGUGUUGGGUAACACCCCUGAGAAUGAACAGAUCCUGACUGGUAAGAACAAGGCCCGCUUGUGUUACAUCAGCAGCACAGACUAUGGGCAGAGUUGGAGCAAAGAGACAGAUUUGACAGAAAGUGUGAUUGGAGAUGAGAUUAGUAAUUGGGCUACAUUUGCUGUUGGACCUGGGCACGGCAUUAAGAUGAAGAGUGGAAGACUUAUCAUUCCCGCUUAUGUCUACUACAUUGAAAAGGGGUCUGACACUACUUCUUAUGCCUUUGCGCUCUACAGUGAUGACGACGGCAAGACAUGGAAAAUUGGAAGUAAAGUGUAUGCCGAGUCUAACGAGUGUCAGAUGGCAGAGCUGAUUGACCAGGAAGGCAAAAGUCAGCUGUACUGCAACGCCCGAACCAGAAAAGGCCACAGACUAGAGUCUUGGAGCAAGAAACACACCGAAAUUGCUUUUGAAAGAUGUGAAAAAUCAGAGAAGCUGGUGGAGACUGGCUCGGGUUGCCAAGGUAGUGUGUUGAGCUUUCAUGCAUUUGAGCAUGCCAAAGAGGAAAGCAGCUCCUCAAAACCUCGCACAAACACUUGGUUACUCUACUCACAUCCAUCUGACAAAUUGUCCAGAGAGAAUGUUGCAGUUUAUCUGAACAAGACUCCUUGGGAUGCCUCUGGUUGGAGCAAACCACUGAUUAUCCAUGAAGGCCCCAGUGGGUACUCUGAUCUGGCUCACUGUGAGGAUAGAAAGAACUUUGCCUGCCUCAUGGAAUGUGGAGAGAAGAGAGAGUUUGAAGAGAUAGCCUUUGUAGAGUUUUCUUAUGACGCCACAAGCAAUCAUGAUUAGCAUUGAGCCCAAUAAUUCUUUAAAAUGUGAUUUUAAAAUAUUAUUUUAAUUAUUUUGGAGAGAGUUUAAAUUAAAAACAUUACCAGAAAUUCUAGGCUCUAUGGAAAAUUACCAUUACCAUUUCUUUUGUGAAAGUAUGGUCUAAAAUCAUAAAAGUAUUCAAAAUGUCGCAAUAAUACAAUCAUUAAGAGUAAACAAAGUGUUUAAUGCUUCUAAAAGCUACUUCACAUAAACCUAUUGGAUAAAUGAAUAUGAAUACAUUGCAUGAGCCUGAUGCCUGAAACAUUGUUGUAUGUAUGUCUAUGGCCUGAAACACAUUUUUAAACACAUUUAUGGCUGAUAGGUACAUGCAGGUUGUCAGGACAAUUGACUGUGUAAGAGUGUCUAUGAUGCAGCAUUUCACAUCAAACCACUCUGAAUUGUUUUGUUAGUCAGUGAAUUGUGUUGAUUAUAUUUGAAUUCUGCACAUUUCGGAGAAUGGUUGGAAUUCCCCAUUUAACGUAAAUGUUAAUUAAAAACUGCAUUGCUAUUUUGGUUUAGGUGUAUGAGCCUUUGUACCCUUUGUUGUUAUGUGCUUGUCUGCAUGUAUGUGUUUUACUGUAUUAUAAAAUGUUAGACAGACAAAACAAUAUGAGAAAGCAUUGUAGUAAGAUUUCAUAUCAAAAAUGUUUAUUGAAACUAUUUUUUGGGUGCUUCUAUAAUGCUAUUUUGAUCACUACCACAUUUACUGGAGAAAUAAAAAUGUUUUCACUAUA